GCCCAGGUCCUGGCCCGGGCCGCCCCGCGGCCGCCGGCGGGCAGGGAGGAGUUAGGAGGGGAUCGUCGGAAACGGAGGGGGGAGCGGCCGCUGCGGCGGCGUUAAAACCACCGAGCCCCGGGCCCGGCCGCCGGAGUCGCUCGGCGGGAACGCAAGAUGCGGGGGGCGGAGGCGGGCAGCGCGCUGCGGCUGAGCACGGGCUGCAGUUUCUGAGCGCGUGCAGGAGUGCCAGCCGGCUGCGGGCGCGAGCUGCAGGCAGCCACCGGGUUUGUGCUCGGUGUCACCGUCCGGUGGCCGUGGGGGAAGCGGCACCUAGCCUGGCACCAUGAGCUCCGGCACCAGCGCCCCGGUGAAGGUGGUCAGCAGCCUCGCCAACACUGAUGUCAACUAUGUCAUCAAAGAGCACUAUAAUUACACGGGAAAGCUAAAUGAGAAUGCGGACAGUGGAAUAAAAGUGACGUCGGUGGUUUUUAUCGUCAUUUGCUGCUUUAUAAUCUUAGAGAACAUUUUCGUCUUGCUCACCAUCUGGAAAACCAAGAAAUUUCACAGACCAAUGUACUAUUUCAUUGGGAACUUGGCUCUUUCAGACUUGCUGGCUGGUGUGGCUUACACUGCCAACCUCCUGCUCUCUGGACACAAAACCUAUAGCCUCACCCCCUCCCAGUGGUUUGUAAGAGAAGGCAGCAUGUUUGUUGCCUUGUCUGCUUCUGUGUUCAGUUUGUUGGCCAUUGCCAUCGAGAGAUACAUCACCAUGUUGAAGAUGAAGCUCCACAAUGGCAGCAACAGCUUCCGCUCCUUCUUGCUGAUCAGUGCUUGCUGGGUUAUCUCUGUGAUACUCGGGGGACUCCCGAUUAUGGGAUGGAACUGCAUCAGCCUCUUGUCCAACUGCUCCACCGUGCUGCCUCUCUACCACAAGCACUAUAUUCUCUUUUGCACCACAGUUUUCACUGGCCUUUUGCUAUCUAUUGUCGUCCUCUAUUGCAGGAUCUACUCCAUGGUGAGGACUAGGAGCCGUAGGCUGACAUUUCGAAAAAACAUUACCAAAGCUACUAGGAGCUCAGAAAAGUCACUAGCGUUGCUCAAGACAGUGAUCAUAGUUCUGAGUGCCUUCAUUGCCUGCUGGGCUCCCUUGUUCAUCCUGCUUUUACUGGAUGUGGGCUGUAAAGUGAAGACCUGCCCAAUCCUAUAUAAAGCAGAGUAUUUCUUAGUACUGGCCGUGCUCAAUUCAGCCACGAACCCUAUCAUCUAUACGUUAACAAACAAAGAAAUGCGGAGGGCUUUCAUCAAGAUUCUGUGCUGCUGCAAAUGUCCCCCGGCAGAUUCGGGGACCAAAUUCAAGAGGCCAAUCAUCGGAGGGAUGGAGUUCAGCAGGAGUAAGUCUGACAACUCCUCCCACCCACAGAAGGAGGAAGGUGACCAUCCUGAAACCAUCAUGUCUUCAGGCAAUGUUACCUCAUCUUCUUAGGAGUAACCAUGGAGGUGUAUUCCAGAGCCUUCCUCUGAAAUCGGGGAGCUGAGGCGCCUCCUGCUCACUGCAUCAGCGCUGGGCCAAGUGAGCGAGUAGCAUUAGUUCUAAUGAGGCAAACGGUGCACUUGCGAGGCUGGAGUUCAAGAAAUGGGACAGACUGUUCUGGCUUGAAAAUCUUUUUCCCUGGAGCAUGUUUUGUCUUUGCACUGAGGCAGCUCAGGGUUGUCAGGCGCAUUCAUAUCCUGAAAUCUCCUUAGUAACUCUGAAAGACUGAUGCCUCGGUGAAAUGAUGCCUGGUGUGUGUGAGAGAAAGAGAGUGGGGGAGGAGGAGGGAAAGGGAGAAUGAACCUUUUUUUUUUUUUUUUUCCCUGUGAGAAGAAUGUGAAGUUAUUUUUCCUUUACUUGCAGCAAACCACUGACACAAAGGUCUUUCUGUACUGAGUUUAGCAGUGGCUCUGGUAUAGUUGGUCAGAAGUGUUUGUUUAACAUAUAACAAGGGAAGAGAUCACACAAAUAUAAUUUAGAGCACAUACAACCAUAAUUCGGCAUCACUUUCCAGAGUUUUUAGAAAAGUAGUAAGGUUUUAUUUGCAGAGUCCAAAGCUGUUGGGGUUUUAUUUAGUGAGAUCAUAGCUGUGAAUUUUUGUUGUUGGUCCGUGUUACAUUUGAAGACCAAGAGCCAGACAGACUUGGCAGUUAUGUCCACCUAUACGAUUCUGUUGACUGCGUCAGUUUUUGUGGAGUAGCUCAGAGCAGCAUUUGGCUCCCUAUGUUGUUUGCCAUGUUGUUAUUAGCAUUAAACAAACUGCAUUAUCAUGACAAAUGCAUGGUAGAACUAAAGGUCAUUUCUGUUUAAGGUGACUGAGAGUAAAUCUAACAGUGUAAGAUACUAUUGACAACAGCAGCAUUUUUGCCGAAGUAAAAAGAACUAAAAACUGAAGGGGAAGGUCAGUGUCAGUUGCACAGUAUUUCCAAAGGUAAAGAUUGGUCAGAAAAUCUGAAAAGAAUACCUUGAGUUUCAGAAAAAUACAAGGAGAGUUGAAGCAAAAUGGCUAUAGAUAAAUGCACUUCCAUAACAAAAUGCAAUACAUUUUGGCACAUUGUAUUCAUGUUUAUAAUUUCAGCAAAGAUGUCUGUAUUUUAUCAGUUCGUGGAAGAAGUACCUAUCGUUAAAUUGAAUGUAUUUGUUUUACAGCGUCAUUUUUACUCCUCUGUUUUUCUAACCUGUGCUAAUGGGGUUGAAUGUGUACAAUGUAAAUAAGUUAAUAUGAUGCAGGAGUCUUCAUGCACCUAGAGUAUUACUGUAACAAAAGUGGUGUAUCUGGGAUAGCUGAGAGCAAUUGACUGAUUUACAGUUAUUGGCAACUCCUAGAAGUGGUAUUUUGUAAAGAAAAUUUAUUGCCUUUGUAGUAAAAUUUCCAGUGCAAUUAAACUGAUUUUUUUUUCUGGUUUAAAAAAUAGUAUUUAAAAUGUUUCUGACUUUUAUUGUUCAAUUUGCACAUAGCUUUAUUGACUUCUAAACAUUAAUAAACUGAUUUUUUUUUAAGUUUCUGUUAUCACCAUACUGGUACUUUUGUACUGUUGUGG